CGCGCAGGGCGCGGGCCGCGCGGGGUGGGGCAGCCGGAGCGCAGGGCCCCGAGCCCCGGCGGGCGCCCCCGGGCCCCCGCGCGCGCCCCGGCCUCCGGGAGACUGGCGCAUGCCACGGAGCGCCCCUCGGGCCGUCGCCGCUUCUGCCCGGGCUCCUGCUGCUGCUGCUGUCGCCUGCGCCUGCUGCCCCAACUCGGCACCCGACUUCUUCAUGGUGUGCGGAGGUCAUGUUCGCUCCUUAGCCGCCAAACGACUUUUCUCCUCGCCUCCUCGCCCCGCAUGUUCAGGACCAAACGAUCUGCGCUCGUCCGGCGUCUCUGGAGGAGCCGUGCGCCCGGCGGCGAGGACGAGGAGGAGGGCGCGGGGGGAGGCGGAGGAGGCGAGCUGCGGGGUGAGGGGGCGACGGACGGCCGGGCGCAUGGGGCCGGUGGAGGCGGCGCGGGCAGGGCUGGCUGCUGCCUGGGCAAGGCGGUCCGAGGUGCCAAAGGUCACCACCAUCCCCACCCCCCAGCCGCGGGCGCCGGCGCGGCCGGGGGCGCCGAGGCGGAUCUGAAGGCGCUCACGCACUCGGUGCUCAAGAAACUGAAGGAGCGGCAGCUGGAGCUGCUGCUCCAGGCCGUGGAGUCCCGCGGCGGUACGCGCACCGCAUGCCUCCUGCUGCCCGGCCGCCUGGACUGCAGGCUGGGCCCGGGGGCGCCCGCCAGCGCGCAGCCCGCGCAGCCGCCCUCGUCCUACUCGCUCCCCCUCCUGCUGUGCAAAGUGUUCAGGUGGCCGGAUCUCAGGCAUUCCUCGGAAGUCAAGAGGCUGUGUUGCUGUGAAUCUUACGGGAAGAUCAACCCGGAGCUGGUGUGCUGCAACCCCCAUCACCUUAGCCGACUCUGCGAACUAGAGUCUCCCCCCCCUCCUUACUCCAGAUACCCGAUGGAUUUUCUCAAACCAACUGCAGACUGUCCAGAUGCUGUGCCUUCCUCCGCUGAAACAGGGGGAACGAAUUAUCUGGCCCCUGGGGGGCUUUCAGAUUCCCAACUUCUUCUGGAGCCUGGGGAUCGGUCACACUGGUGCGUGGUGGCAUACUGGGAGGAGAAGACGAGAGUGGGGAGGCUCUACUGUGUCCAGGAGCCCUCCCUGGAUAUCUUCUAUGAUCUACCUCAGGGGAAUGGCUUUUGCCUUGGACAGCUCAAUUCGGACAACAAGAGUCAGCUGGUGCAGAAAGUGCGGAGCAAGAUCGGCUGUGGCAUCCAGCUGACGCGGGAGGUGGACGGGGUGUGGGUGUACAACCGCAGCAGUUACCCCAUCUUCAUCAAGUCCGCCACACUGGACAACCCGGACUCCAGGACGCUGUUGGUACACAAGGUGUUCCCCGGUUUCUCCAUCAAGGCUUUCGACUACGAGAAGGCGUACAGCCUGCAGCGGCCCAACGACCACGAGUUCAUGCAGCAGCCGUGGACUGGCUUCACCGUGCAGAUCAGCUUCGUGAAGGGCUGGGGCCAGUGCUACACCCGCCAGUUCAUCAGCAGCUGCCCGUGCUGGCUGGAGGUCAUCUUCAACAGCCGGUAGCCGCGUGGGGAGAGGACAGAGCGUGAGCCGAGCAGGCCACCAUUCAAACUACUUUGCUGCUAAUAUUUUCCUCCUGAGUGCUUGCUUUUCAUGCAAACUCUUUGGUCGUUUUUUUGUUGUUGUUUGUUUUGUUUUUUUCUUCUCGCCGUUCUUGUUUGUGUUCCGUUUUGUUUUGUUCUUUGAGAAAUAGCUUAUGAAAUGAAUUGUUGGGGUUUUUUGCCGGGGGUGGGUGGGUGGUAGGUGUGGUUGGCAGGACACCCCAUAGGAAAAGGAGAAACAAAAAAAUCAGAGCAGCACCAAACACAAUGUGUGAAUGGGAGCAGUCCCUGAACUUUUGGGUCAUCAUUUCACUUGUCAGGAGCGUGCGUGCGUGCGUGUGUGUGUGUGUGUGUGUGUGUGUGUGAGAGUGUGCACGCGUGUGCAUGAACGACAGAUGGGACAGACGAUGAACUCUUUGUGUUUCUUACGGAUGUCCCCGACUGAGAGGUUUGUGGUCCCACGCUGUGUCUCUCUUGCCCUUUGGACAUGCUCAGUGGGGCAGAGGCAGUACCUGGGCAAGCUGGCCACGGGGGUCCCAGCAGCUGCCAGAAACACGGCUCUGCCCCCAGCCUGGGGAAGCCCCCCGCCCCGCCGCUCCCCUCCCAGGACACGGGCCUAUCCACAGGCUUCUGAGCAGCAAGCCUGCUAGCAGCUGAAGCAGAACCAAUCGUUCUCAUCCUCGUCUUACUCCCCGCCUGCCACCCCACCCCCCCCCGCCAUUGUAGCGUGUUUCUUUUUUGGCCAUCUGCUCCUGGAUCUCUCUGAGAUGGGCUUCCCGAGGGCUGCCGGGGCAGCCCCGGCACAGUAUUGCUCACCCGGUGUCCUUUCAGGCCCUCAGCCUCUCCCCUGCCCCGGUUACAUCAGGUUUUUCCCGUACUUAGAAAACCAGCUCAGCACUUCCCCCCCUCCCAGCCUGCGUGUUGAGCUCUGCCAUCAGACCAGCAGCGGGGCCACCUCUGGGAGGGACAUGCUUCGCAGUCCCCUUCCCUCCAAGAAGGAUUUGGUCUGUCAUAACCCAAGGUACCAUCCUAGGCUGACACCUAACUCUUCUUUCAUUUCUUCUACAACUCAUACACUCGUAUGAUACUUAGACACUGUUCUUAGCUCAAUGAGCAUGUUUAGACUUUAACAUAAGCUAUUUUUCUAACUACAAAGGUUUAAAUGAACAAGAGAAGCAUUCUCAUUGGAAAUUUAGCAUUGUAGUACUUUGAGAGAGAAAGGACUCCUGAAAAAAAAAACCUGAGAUUUAUUAAAGAAAAAUGUAUUUUAUGUUAUAUAUAAAUAUAUUAUUACUUGUAAAUAUAAAGACGUUUUAUAAGCAUCAUUAUUUAUGUAUUGUGCAAUGUGUAUAAACAAGAAAAAUAAAGAAAAGAUGCACUUUGCUUUAAUAUAAAUGCAAAUAACAAAAUGCCAAAUUAAAAAAGAUAAACACAAGAUUGGUGUUUUUUUCUAUGGGUGUUAUCACCUAGCUGAAUGUUUUUCUAAAGGAGUUUAUGUUCCAUUAAACGAUUUUUAAAAUGUAUACUUGA